AUGCAGCUGCGCAGUAUCCUGCUGGCUGUUGUAGCCUCCGUUCUUGCCACCCAGUGUGGUGCUCUUACUGCCGAAGCUGUUGGCCUUGCCACGCUCUCCAAGAGCAGUCCAACCGACCACAAGGCAACGAGUGUUACUGAUCAGCGUGCCCAGCGGCGUUUAAGAAAAAGCGACACCGUUGGUACCGAGGAUGAAUUGAAUCAAGACUCACAAGACGAGGCGAGAGCUUUGUCAUUACCGCAGUGGCUAGCCAGCAUUGUCGAGAGCCUUGACGAUGUUGAGAAAGCACUCACCAAGUUGACCAAGGGACAAUCGAAUGUGGAGAAAGUAAAACGCUACGACAUCCUUGUGGAUAAUAUCGCGGCCUCGUUUGUUAAGCUGGAGGACAUGGGGUAUACGCCAGCUAAGCUACAAAAUGCCAUAAAGAACGGAGAAAUGGUAGUUGAGAAACCUCAUUGGUUUCUUGAGGCCUUUGAGACGUAUUGGAAGACAUCUCCGCGGCUGAAUACAAAUGCAUAG